AUGGCCAAGAAGAAGAACAGGAACAGGAACCAGGAGCCAAACCAGCCAGCCGAGGAGAACAACGGCGAUGGAGGGAAGAAGCCGAAGGAGGAGGGGAUACCCGCAUUCGUCAUCGUCAAGGUCGAUAUGCAUUGCAGUGGCUGCGCCAAUAAAGUCCGCAGAUCCAUCAAGGGUUUUCAAGGAGUGGACGGAGUGGUCACCGACCCGGCCAAUGGGCAGAUGACGGUGAUCGGCAUGGUGGAUCACGUCAAGCUGAAGAAGAGGAUCGAAGCCAGCACUCGCAAAACCGUGGAGAUCCUCAACCCGCAGGCCAAGAAGGAGAAGAAGGAUCCAAAUCCGAUAACCAACGACGUCGCCAAGAAACCACCACCACCACCACCACCAGCCCCCGCCGCCGACGAGAAGAAACCCAAACUACCCACAGUGUCAACAGUUGUGCUGAAGAUUCCCAUGCACUGCAAAUGCGAAGGUUGCUACAAAAAAAUCAAGAAAUCAAUUUUGAAAAUUGAAGGAGUGGAGAACGUGAAGAUGGACGGGGAGAAGGGUUUGGCGACGGCGAAGGGGACGAUGGACGCGAAGGCUUUGCCGGCGGCGGUGAAAGCGAAGCUGAAGAAGGAGGUGGAGGUGGUGCUGGAGAAGAAGGAAGCCGGAGGCGGUGGGGAGAAGAAGAAGAAGGAAGGCGAGGGAGAGGAAACUCCAGCGGCGGCGGUGAAGGAGGUGGUGGCGGAGGUGAAUAAGAUGGAGUUUUAUGGGGGGUAUGUUUACUGCUCUGAUAUGGUGCAAGCUCCGCAGUACUUCAGUGAUGAGAACCCGAAUGCUUGCGCUAUCAUGUGAGUCUCAUUGUUUGCUUUUAUUACCGUUUUGCCAGGGAAGGGUAUAUAGGGAAGAGAGGAAAAGUAGUAUAUAUAUAUAUAUAUUAAGAGAGAGUAAAGAGAAUGAAAAGUAGUGUUUGAUAUUGCUUUAAAUUUGGAUUAAUUGAGA